UGGUAAUGUCAACGCUGCAUCGGUGUGCAUUGCAAGCAAUUUAUUGCAGUUUUCUCUAUAAAUAGUCUCAAUUUUACCAUUCCAAAUGGAAGUCCUAGUCGCUAACGUAGAUCAUAUCAAAUUCGACAUAGAUUUCGCAUUAGACGAGCAAUAUGGAGCUUUACCUUUGCCGUUUCCCGGAAUGGACAAGUCCACGGCAGCAGUAUGCGAAUUUUAUAGUCAACCCAAUGGAUGUACGAAUGGACCUCAGUGUCCUUACAGACACGUCCGCGGCGACCGCACGGUGGUUUGCAAGCAUUGGCUGCGCGGUCUGUGCAAGAAGGGAGACCAGUGCGAGUUCCUCCACGAGUAUGACAUGUCCAAAAUGCCGGAGUGCUACUUCUACGCCCGCUUUAAUGCCUGUCACAAUAAGGAGUGCCCGUUUCUUCACAUAGACCCGGAAAGCAAGAUCAAAGACUGUCCCUGGUACGACCGCGGCUUCUGCCGGCACGGGCCUCACUGUCGGCACCGCCACGUACGCCGCGUGCUCUGCACCAACUACCUAGCUGGUCUGUGCCCCGAAGGGCCCUCCUGCAAGUACAUGCACCCGCGCUUCGAGCUGCCUGCGCCGCCCGAACAAACUAAGGACGCCAAGCGGUUGCCUGUCUGUCAUUAUUGUUCUGAAGUCGGACAUAAGGCGUCGUCGUGUAAUAAGAUACCGCCAGAGCAACGCGAAGCGGCCCAACGCCAAGAAGAGGCCCGGUAUCGAGCGCUCGGCUACAUCAAGCCAGCCAACGAGAACGAGAACUCCGAGAGCCCCCGCAUGCAGCGCAUGAUGCACAAGCCUCUAGAAGAAGUCACCUGCUUCAAGUGCGGCACGAAAGGGCAUUAUGCCAACCGGUGCCCAAAGGGGCAUCUCGCUUUCCUGUCGAGUCAGAAUCAAAAUCAGCAGAACCAAAACCAGUGGCUUAGGGACAAACAGCAGCAGCAACAGCAGCAGCAGUGAUAGUGUUAAGUUUUAGCUUUGAUUAAGUGACAUGGAGUGUAAGGUUAAGUUGGUCUUCACAUUUAAUGCGGAUCAGACUCUAACCGCGAAAAUCGAAGUGUGCAAAUUGCGGGCAUCUUUUUCUAUCACUCUUAUUACGCCUUCAUUGGAGUAAAUGAGAAGAUGCCCGCAAUUUGCGAAUUUCGGUUUUCGCGGUAAGUCCCCUGCAGGCCGUACAGAAAGGGCACUUCCUACAAAACCGAAGCUUGACAGCGAUUCAGGGACGAAUCAUGCUAUCCCUUUCUAAUGCCUCUUCCCUUUCUGUCCCUUUCGGCUAUUUAGGGUUGUCAAAAUUCAAGUCAUUAUCUUAUCUGUGGUCGUGCACGGAUAAGGACGUCAAGUGGUGCCAACCCUAAUAAUUCGGAACAAUGCUGAGCCAAACGGAGCCGAGUUUGCCCGAAAGGAGGAGUCUCACUGACGCCGCUCAUGUAUGUGAGCGAGGCACCGCUAUAAAUUACCAUGGUUUUGUCUCGCUCUCGCAUGGAGCACCGUGCGAAUUCGCAAUCAGUGUGAUAACUAAGUGCGUGAUGUAAUCGCAUUUUUUACGCUUGUUAAGAAGAACGAUAAAGAUAGAUGUAAACGAAUGAUAGAGAAGUAUUGUUGGUGUCUCAUUCUAAUAGAUUGUUGGAGUGAAGUAUAUCAUUUACUGUGUCCCUAAUGUUCUUUUUAAUGCCGUUUAAAAGGUUUGCAUGUUUAAAUAGUAUGAGUAACAGACAGUUAUACAUGGAAGGUGGUGUGUUAUUCAUUAGUUUGAAGACAAUAUGUUACAUUACAGUGAAGAAGACUAUAGUUUAAUUUAUGAUUUGAUAUUGUGCAGUAAACUGCAGAGAUAACUGUUUUUGCCUUAUCAGCCGGGCUAGCACAUGAUUG